CGGACGAAUUUCUCCGACGCACCCAGUACACCGAAACAUUUGAAAUGGCGGUCACCCUCCACACAGAUGUAGGAGACGUUAAAAUCGAGUUGUUUUGUGAGCGCGCCCCGCGAGCAUGUGAGAACUUCCUUGCUUUGUCUGCCAGCGGGUUUUAUGUUGGCUGCACCUUCCACAGAAACGUAAAAGGCUUCAUGGUUCAGACUGGAGACCCGACAGGCACUGGAAAAGGAGGAACUAGUAUCUGGGGUCGCAAAUUUGAAGAUGAAUUCAAUGAACACUUGAAGCACAAUGUCAGAGGAGUUGUCUCGAUGGCAAACUCUGGUCCCAAUUCAAAUGGCUCCCAGUUUUUCUUCACCUAUGCCAAACAACCUCACCUGGACAUGAAGUACACCGUCUUUGGAAAGAUUAUUGAUGGCUUGGAGACGCUGGAUGAGCUGGAGAAGCUGCCUGUAAAUGAAAAGACAUUCCGACCCCUGGAGGAAAUCCGGAUAAAAGAUGUGACCAUGCAUGCCAAUCCCUUCGCUGGGUAGCUCACGUUAGUUUUAGAUGAUGAGGCACAAAUUGUGUUAUAUCCACUAACAUGGGUGUCCUGCAGAAAUGGGAAACCUGCUGUAGAGGGAGGAAACAAGUACUGAUGUAACUUCAAGCCUUCUUUUUUUUUUUUUAAUCAACAUUUUGAAUUCUGAACAACCAAGUUGACUUCGGUUUGUUUUUGUUUUUAUUCUUGUGAUGUA